AUGCACGGGACAUUUGGUACAAUGGUCUGCGUCCAAACCGUUAUGCAUGUUGCAACCUCCAUGCGAAAUAGAGAUUGGGCACCCCAGAGCCCAGUUCAAUUCUACGGAUUGCUGGCACUCUCUGCAUUUGCAUUUUCAAUGGCUCUACUUGUUAUCCGGAGAUGUCUUUAUGAGGUGUUCAUCAAGCUCCACUACAUGCUUGCAUUAGUUGCACUAAUUGCUAUUUGGCGCCACAUACGCAUCCAGAGGAUUUUCGCCCAAAUAUACGUCUUGAUUGCCAGUGGUAUUUUCGUUGGAACUACCAUUCUUCAUUGGGUGCUGCUUGUUGUACGAAACAUCACCCGUGAGCGUUUUGGUUCUAGGGCUCAAAUCAUACGGAGUGAUGAUUCUGUUCAGUUAAUCAUACCUGUCAAUCGCCCGUUCACUGUUUAUGCCGGAAUGUGGGUAUAUAUUUGGAUGCCCGGCGUUAGCCCCUUCUCAAUGUUUAGCAGCCAUCCAUUCAUGGUGACCUGGUGGGAGGACAACAGUCAAGGAAAGGCGACAAGUAUUUCGUUACUCGUUCAGAAAAAACAUGGCUUCACUCAGAAGCUUGUGGACCAUCGAGCUGACGAGCUCCUCACCUGGAUUGAUGGGCCUUAUGGAGAGCCUAUUGAUCUAUCGUCAUAUAAGAAUGUCCUCUUGGUCGCGUCAGUCAUCGGAAUUGCUUCUCAGAUUUCCUAUAUACGAGAGCUACUCAAAAGUCACCCGAAACAUAUUUUCGUGGCUUGGGAAUUGGAUGACAAUUCCAAUCUUGACUGGGUCUAUCAGUGGAUGGAUCGACUUCUUUUGCAGGACCAGAAGUCCUAUGUAUGA